CCGAUGAUUCCAAUGAAUAAAAGAAAGGGAUUUUUUAUCAAGGAUAUUUUGGAUCCAAGUUUUGGCGGGAGAUGUUCCCAGAAGUUUGAUCAGAAAGUUCAGAAUGAUAUAUGUGAUUCUGUCAAACAUUCCAAAGAGACAAAACAUACAGGACAAUUGAAUGAUGUGAAAUAUAACUAUCCAGUGCUAGAGAAUAAUAAAGAUAAGAAUACUAAUUUGGAUCUAGUAAAAGAUGUACCAUGGCCGUCUUGGAUUUAUUGUACAAGAUACUCAGAUAGACCUUCUGCAGGUCCGAGAAAUAAGAAGGAAAGAAAGAAAGAGAGGAAACUAAAUGAAAAACGACCAAGAACAGCUUUUACAGUAGAUCAGUUGAAUAGAUUACAAGUAGAAUUUGAAGAAAAUAAAUAUCUUACAGACUCCAAAAGAAGAAGUCUGUCAUCAGAACUCGAAUUGAAUGAAUCUCAGAUAAAAAUUUGGUUUCAGAACAAAAGAGCCAAAUUCAAGAAGUUAAAUUCUCCAAAAUAA